UGCACGUUGGAAACAGAUCGGAUGUGCGCCUGCCUGGAGUGGAUGCAGAAAAUGGCAAACCACCGGCUGCAUGGACGUGAUGGAAAAGACAAGAAUGCAGAUGAAGGAUCGUCCGUUACAGACAUGCUACUCCACCCAGAGCUUCUGUCUGAGGACUUCAUCAAAUUGGUUCUGCAUGAGAGGAAUAUUCAGGUAGAUGGUGAUGGAAGUGAAGACCACCUUACGGAUCUGUACAUGCGGCACGUCAUACCCCUGCCUCAGCGAGAAUUACCAAACAGCCGCUGGGGAAGGAAGAUGCAGAAAACCAGAGGACCAACUUCAUCUCACAGUCACACCUCGAGCAGUGACCCAGGCAGGAAGAGGCCACUCAUCGUGUUUGAUGGGAGCUCCACGGGAAGUGUCAAAGUGAAGAAGCAUGACUCCUACCACACGCCCGGCGCCACCGACCGCCUGAAGCCUCCUCCUGGCCAAGUCAACCUGGCCAACCCCAUCCGCAAGCUUUCAACAAGCACCUCCUCGCCCAAUUCGUCAUCGUCGUCUUCGUCAUCAUCUUCAUCCUCCUCAUCGACAGUCAGGAGUCCCAGUGGGCACACGUCAUCGGAACAUUCAAACACAGCCACAUUAAAGAGGCCAGGGGAUAGUGACGCCAGUGGGGAGCUGCGAUCCCCUGACGUGAAGAAGAAGAUUCAUCACGUCACGUGGCCCUGACCCUGGCCUCCUCCACCACUGGAAGAAUGGAGUGUGGGCGGUCACUUUUGGAAUAGGCGUUAUCCAGUCCAGCAGACUCUGAAGCCACUCAGUCAAGGACCAUCUGAUUUGACUGACUGAUUGAUUGAUUGACAAUGUCACGCCCCUGUCUGUCAGAUCAGAUGCAUGUUGUCAUGUCAGACUUUCUCCUCUCUAAAGGUUCCACACUACAACACACACACACACACGCACACACACGCAUGC